GGUUCCCAAUGUAAUGUUUGGGUUCCCAAUGCUCUCUUCGCCCUCUCAGAUUAUCUCUCUUCAUAUGCCUCUCUUCAUACUACUCUCGCAGUCUCGCUCCUCAAUCGUCAUCCCUCAUUUUUGCUUUUCAGAAAGAAUACUUCUCUUUUGGUUCAAGAAUUUAUUAUCUUCUCUUCGUAUUAUCUCUCUUGCUCCUCAAUGAAUCGUCUUUUUUUGUGCAAGAAUUUCAAACAGAUUAUCUCUCUUCAUAUAUUAUCUCUUCUGCUCCUAGUCUUAAUAGCUCAUUUUUGCUUUUCAGGAAGAAUCCUUCUUUUUUGGUGCAAGAAUUCAAACAUGGUAGAUGACGAUAGAGGGCAGGGGGGAAAAAGUGAACAAAGUUUACACCUCUCCCUCUUCUUUAUAUGCCGUUUCUCAAGCCUUUUCCUUCACAGAAGUCUAAAUCGCCAUGGAAGAAGCAAUGAGCAGCAUCUUGAACUCCCCUGUUGACAACGUGAAGCUGCAUGUGCUUCACGAUGCUGAAAAGUUCGAGGACAUAAAGCGCAGCUUCUCAAACAUGGAUUUCGAGCAAAGGGGUCACCAGAUGCGCCGUUAUAUCACCACCGUGAAAGAGGCCGUCGACAAUCGCGGCCACUGUGAUGUUGGAUGUGAGAGGGUUGCUCUCUACUUUGUCUCAAAGCUUGAAGAUGCCCAGUUUCGGGUUGUAAACCCUACUGCUUCACUGGUAGCAGUGAAACAGAAUCUCAUGUUUGUUUCUACUGCUGCUGCCUUGCACUACUCUAAAGCUCUCGGAAAGAUCUCUAUGCAUCGGUAUUUUAGGUUUGGAGGGCACCUGGCCUUCUUUGUGUUGCUUUCUUUUCUAACCUUCUUUUUGCUAGCCAAUUCCAGUAACACAUGGAAGGAGAUUACUGCUGCCUUUAUGCCGCAGCUCUACACGGUUGUUUUCAAUAUGAUUGAGCUUUUGUUUAAGGUUCAAGUGGUGGAGGAUGAGAACAACAUGAAGGUCAGCCAUGUGGUGCACCGGGGCUGUGACCUUGUUCUUCGUCUUCUUGAUGAUUUCAACUCUGUCUGAAUUCUAUGUGGUUUUUCUGUUGCUUUUUCUAGCUUGCUAUUUAGUUAGUAGAACUUUGUAUCACAUCUGUUAGGGUUCGUCUUUUUCUCGAUGUCUGCCCGUUGCUUUCUUCAUCGGCUUGUCUGUUUUGUGCAACAGUUGGGUAUGGAUUUUCCGUAAUAUUAGUUCUUGUCUACUCUUCA